CCUGGAUUUCAAAAUUGAACAGUGAAGUGGUUUGCAACAGUUACCUGGCUCUUGGCCUCAGUCCAGCUGGAUCAAGUUGAGACCUGAAAAGAUCUUGAAUCCUGUGGCAGUGGACAGACCCAAGAAUGCCAGUCAAGAAGAAAGAUACUGACCGAGCUUUAUCAUUACUGGAAGAAUACUGCAAAAAAUUAAGGAAACCAGAGGAACAGCAGUUGAAAAAUGCUGUUAAAAAGGUGAUGGGUAUCUUUAAGAGCAGCUUAUUCCAAGCUCUGCUAGAUAUUCAAGAAUUUUAUGAGUUGACAUUGCUAAAUUCUCAAAAAAGUUGUGAUCAGAAGAUAGAAGAAGCCAAUCAAGUUGCACAGAAAUGGGAGAAAGCAUCCCUUCUUGCUCCAUGCCAUGAAAACCUUCAAAAAUCUGCAGAGCUUACAGAUUUCAGUGAACCAAAGGAAAAUCCUUCAUGUACUGAACAAAAUAAAGACAAUCAGUGUUUUGAAAAUGAAGCUGACAAAAAGACAAGACAAAACCAAGGCAAAUGCCCAGCCCAGAACUGUUCAGUGGAAGCCCCUGCUUGGAUGCCUGUCCACCACUGUACUAAGUAUCGAUAUCAAGAUGAGGACGCUCCGCAUGAUCAUUCUUUACCUCGACUAACCCAUGAAGUAAGAGGACCUGAGCUGGUGCAUGUGUCAGAAAAGAACCUGUCUCAAAUAGAAAAUGUCCACGGAUAUGUCUUGCAGUCUCACAUCUCUCCUCUGAAGGCCAGCCCUGCUCCUAUAAUUGUCAACACAGAUACUUUGGACACGAUUCCUUAUGUCAAUGGGACAGAAAUUGAAUAUGAGUUUGAAGAAAUUACAUUGGAAAGGGGGAAUUCUGGCCUGGGAUUCAGUAUUGCUGGAGGGACAGAUAAUCCCCACAUUGGAGAUGACCCUGGCAUAUUUAUUACGAAGAUUAUACCGGGUGGUGCUGCAGCAGAGGAUGGCAGACUCAGGGUCAAUGAUUGUAUCUUGCGGGUGAACGAGGUCGAUGUGUCAGAGGUUUCCCACAGUAAGGCCGUGGAAGCCCUCAAAGAAGCGGGCUCUAUUGUCCGGCUCUACGUGCGUAGAAGACGCCCCAUUCUGGAGACUGUCGUGGAAAUCAAAUUGUUCAAAGGACCUAAAGGUUUAGGCUUCAGUAUUGCAGGAGGUGUGGGGAACCAACACAUUCCCGGAGACAACAGCAUUUAUGUAACUAAAAUUAUAGAUGGGGGAGCUGCACAGAAAGAUGGAAGGUUGCAAGUGGGAGAUAGACUGCUAAUGGUGAACAACUACAGUUUAGAAGAAGUGACUCAUGAAGAGGCGGUAGCAAUAUUGAAGAACACAUCUGAUGUCGUUUAUCUAAAAGUUGGCAAACCCACCACCAUUUAUAUGACUGAUCCUUAUGGUCCACCUGACAUUACUCACUCUUAUUCUCCACCGAUGGAAAACCAUCUACUUUCUGGCAACAAUGGAACUUUAGAAUAUAAAACUUCCCUGCCGCCCAUCUCUCCAGGAAGGUACUCACCGAUUCCAAAGCACAUGCUUGUUGAAGAUGAUUACACCAGGCCUCCGGAACCUGUUUACAGCACUGUGAACAAACUGUGUGAUAAGCCUGCUUCUCCCAGGCACUAUUCCCCUGUUGAGUGUGACAAAAGCUUCCUUCUCUCAGCUCCCUACCCCCACUACCACCUAGGCCUGCUCCCUGACUCUGAGAUGACCAGUCAUUCUCAGCACAGCACGGCAACCCGCCAGCCUUCUGUAACUCUCCAACGGGCCAUCUCCCUGGAAGGGGAGCCACGCAAGGUUGUCCUGCACAAAGGCUCCACUGGCCUGGGCUUCAACAUCGUGGGCGGGGAAGAUGGAGAAGGUAUUUUUGUAUCAUUCAUUCUGGCUGGUGGACCAGCAGAUCUGAGUGGGGAGCUCCAGAGAGGAGACCAGAUCCUAUCCGUGAAUGGCAUUGACCUCCGUGGAGCAUCCCAUGAGCAGGCCGCAGCUGCAUUGAAGGGGGCUGGACAGACGGUGACGAUUAUAGCACAAUACCAACCUGAAGAUUACGCUCGAUUUGAGGCCAAAAUCCAUGACCUACGAGAGCAGAUGAUGAACCACAGCAUGAGUUCCGGGUCCGGGUCCCUGCGAACCAAUCAGAAACGCUCCCUCUAUGUCAGAAAAGGACACAAAGCAAAAUCAGCAAAGGGAAAGGAGCUUGGGACAAAAUCCAGAGGAAACUGGGCGCAAGCUUCCAAGAGCCUUCUCCCAGUGGAGUCACAUGGGACAUGCCUAAUUCCUCCAGCAACAAAUUGUGACAGCAGAGCCAUGUUUGACUAUGACAAGAGCAAGGACAGUGGGCUGCCAAGUCAAGGACUUAGUUUUAAGUAUGGAGAUAUUCUCCAUGUUAUCAACGCCUCAGAUGAUGAGUGGUGGCAAGCCAGAAGAGUCACACUGGAGGGGGACAGUGAAGAGAUGGGGGUCAUCCCUAGCAAACGGAGGGUGGAAAGAAAGGAGCGUGCCCGGUUGAAGACAGUGAAGUUUAAUGCGAAACCCGGAGUGAUUGAUUCAAAAGGGUCAUUCAAUGACAAGCGUAAAAAGAGCUUCAUCUUUUCACGAAAAUUCCCAUUCUACAAGAACAAGGAGCAGAGUGAGCAGGAAACCAGUGAUCCUGAACAACAUGUUUCUUCUAAUGCCAGCGAUAGCGAAAGUAGCUACCGAGGGCAAGAAGACUUCAUUCUUUCUUAUGAGCCUGUCACAAGGCAGGAAAUAAACUAUACCCGGCCAGUGAUUAUCCUGGGUCCCAUGAAGGAUCGGAUCAAUGAUGACUUGAUAUCUGAAUUCCCUGAUAAAUUUGGCUCCUGUGUGCCUCAUACUACGAGGCCAAAGCGGGACUAUGAGGUGGAUGGCAGAGACUAUCACUUUGUCAUUUCCAGAGAACAAAUGGAGAAAGAUAUCCAAGAGCACAAGUUUAUAGAAGCUGGCCAGUACAAUGACAAUUUAUAUGGAACUAGUGUGCAGUCUGUGAGAUUUGUAGCAGAAAGGGGCAAACACUGUAUACUUGAUGUGUCAGGAAAUGCUAUCAAGCGGUUACAAGUUGCCCAGCUCUAUCCCAUUGCCAUCUUCAUUAAGCCCAAAUCUCUGGAACCUCUCAUGGAGAUGAAUAAACGUCUAACAGAGGAACAAGCAAAGAAAACCUAUGAUCGUGCAAUUAAGCUAGAACAAGAAUUUGGAGAAUAUUUUACAGCUAUUGUCCAAGGAGACACCUUAGAAGAUAUAUAUAAUCAAUGCAAGCUUGUUAUUGAAGAGCAAUCUGGGCCUUUCAUCUGGAUUCCCUCAAAGGAGAAGUUAUAAAUUAGCUACUGCACCUCCAACAAUGACAGAAGAGCAUUUAGAAGAACAAAAUAUAUAUAAUAUACUACUUGGAGGCUUUUAUGUUUUUGUUGCAUUUAUGUUUUUGCAGUCAAUGUGAAUUCUUAUGAAUGUACAACACAAACUGUGUGAAGCCAUGAAGGAAACGGAGGGCCCAAAGGGUGGGACAGAAAAGACACUGCAGUAUGCAGGAAGGCUUUGGUUUGCUCAAAGUGCCAGGUGUAGGGAUGAACCUCUGACGGGCUUUCUGGCCAAGAGAUGGGCAGCCUCCUCACCCCGGCAGAUGUCCAGAGCUGAUUUAGCUGCUGAGCUCUCUGUGUUUUUUGCUUUAAAGAAAAGUUGCCAGCACUUGAACUUCACCAACCUUCCCAUUACCCACAUCUGUAAUUGGUACACUUCGAAUUUUAUAACUAUGCACACCCUUUGAUUUCUUAACAAGCGAAAGAAAGAAAGAAGGAAAAAGGAAAGGAGUCCCUUUGGAGACGGCAUAAUAUCAGGGAAGGAUAAGUGUGUAGUUUCUCUGACUGGCAUCUACAAAGACGAGCAUUUCAUAAAAUUCACAAGUGUAUGGAGGACUGACCUCACUGAGAGGAGGGGAUUCCACCUGAGGUUAGCUUUAUGAUUGUUUAUUGUCUAUUUUGCCAUUUAUAAGCUGAAAGAAGGCACUAAAGAUGAGAAUAAUUUAUACAAUAAAAAUAUAUCAAAUGUAUAGAAACGAAUUUCUAUAGGUUAAAAAAAGUUUUGUGAAAUAUUUUGUAAAGACUAAUUGAAAGACUAAAUGUAUGCACUAUCAGCAGAUGAUCAAAUUCAAGAAUUGAAAGUUGCACUCUCCCUUUUGUUGCCAAUGAUCCAUUAAGAGCAUCUGAGUUCCUUCCAAAGUCUGAGAAAGACUUCUCCCUCACUUACCUCCCAUGAUCUCCCUUCCAUAUUAGUGACACACUCUCAUGGAGCACAUCCCUUAAUGAGUUGCGCUCGUGGGUAUUUUUGGAAGACAUUUGAUUAGUGUAUUCUUAAGCUGAUGGCUUUCAGACACAAACUCAUGCAAAUGAUCUAAAGGGAAGUUUUUGCUUUCAUCUUGUUAAACAACCUGGGCCUGCCAUGCAAAUAGAUAGCUGAAUAACUUGGUUCCUAGUUACUUACAUGCAAUUCUUAAAGGAUCAUUUAGUAUUUUAGCCAACCAUGAGUAAUUAGGACUUUUCUUUUUGUCUGUUUCACAAGUAACUGAGGGUUUUGUAAUAUCCAGAGAUCGUAUAGAGCCAUGGAGAGAUCUGUCCCAAGAAGCACUAUUUCUUUGAGGAAGAGGGAAGUAUCUGGUUGGGGGUGAGGGGUGCAGACUUUUGUUUCUGUGUACGGGGCAAAGAGAACACAAGGAAAGACAAUUAACAACUUUGAGCUCAACCAGUUGAACUGCCUUUCUUGGGGUCUGCACCUGGACCAAGUUUAUUUUUUAGCAAUUAUAAUAAUGAUGACUUAAAAAAAAAAACUCCCGAAGCCUAUAUCCCACUUUAGAGCUGAUGAUGACAUCAGCAUUGCUUGUGCCCAAGGUGUUUAGAGAGAGACUUUUCAGUGAUCUCAAUAACCACUCAACUCUGGGUUCUUUGCAUGCCCAGACUAAGCCCCAUCGCCUUAUUUCUGGGGUACAUCCAGACCUGGCAGGGAUUCUGCCACACUGUGCAGCAAACCAGCAUGCAGGCUGGGAUAGGAGAGCAAGAGAUAGAGCCAUCAGCAGUGAUGGGGCUUCUUCACAGUAAGAACAUCAGAGUUCAGGAUGAGGGUCUCUUUCCAAAAACCAGUGUUGUUCAUCUUACACUACCACUGUCUGCCUCCCUGCAGUCACCAAACCAAACACAAAAAUGCAAAAUUAUACAUCUACCUAUAGUCUCGAGGCUGCCUUUGCCAAUGGAAGGGCUAGCAAUGCAUUUUCCCUAUGAUGAAAGUUAAAUUUUCGGAGACUUCCUUAGAGCAUUCAAAAUGUUUAAGAUAUGUCCGUGGCUGCGAUCCGCCAGUUUCAGGUCAAGGCCUACUUUCAUCAAUAUUGCUGCCAGAAGUUUUCUGCCACCAGAAUGCCAUUCCUGAUCCCAGCUCUAUUUUUAGGCCACCAUAAUAACUUCUUUGGUUUCUCAACUGAGCAUGCAACCAUUUAUUUAAAGGACUGUCCUUAAUGAGUAGAUGUUUCCGCGGGUCGUGUGAUGUGCUUUCCAUUUAAUAUUAAGUAUUGCUGUGGCUGAGUACAAUCAAAUUGAUCCACCAACCCUUGGUUUUGUAGUAAUAUAAUUAUUUAUUUUCCUAGUGUAGAUGCUUCCAGAUUAGAAUUGGCAUUUGCACUGAUUUUUUUAUGUAGAUUUAUAUAAAUAUAUAUAUACAUAUAUAUUUGCUUGAAGAAUCACCAAGCAAAUUGGUGAGAGGGUCUUUUCCUAUAGAAUUUACACCUCCAUUUGUUUUGUUGUCUUGCGCUUCCCAAUGUUGAGGUCUCUAUGGCUCCAACGACUGGUGUAUUUUGCAGCAAAUCUGAUGACUUGUAUGGACACGGCAGGAAAGUUACCCAGAUUACAUCUGGUGCAAAUGCACUUGGAGCCUGGGGCCAGACUGGUGCUAACACUGCAAACUUUGUCCGGAGCUCUCUCCAAUCUGAAGGCUUGCUGGGGGCGCAAUGUCACCUUCACAUGCUGGGCCCUUUCAGAAAAGUGCCAGAUCGUGUCACUGGUGCUAUUUUUCAUGCUCUGGUACAAUGUGUAGCACCACGGGGGUCUCAGCUUUACCAAAAUCAAAAUCGCAUUUGUCAGCUAAUUGCAGGGGCGUUUGUUUUUUGCUCUCCUCCCACAGGAUCUGUUGGCCAUUUCUUUGCCGGCCUUCCUCCCACCUCCCCACCCCCAGCCCCGGAGUUCUCGGUGUGGCUCCUUCUGCCCAGUGAGCCCAUCUUUUUGAAGCUGCACUCAGGUGCCUGUGAGCUGUCUGAGAUCCUACUGCCAGCCCUUCAGGACCCUGAGCCAGGGAAAAUCUCUCCGCCUCUCUGGCUCUCGCCUCUGGUUUUUCCUCAUUUUUCUCCUCUGCCCACCCUCUUCCAUGUGUGUCUCAUUCCACCUCUUCUUGUGUACACCUCUUCCUUUCUCCUACUGGCUUGUCUUCCCUGAGUAUUGCCUUUCUUCUGCAUUCUCUCAUUUACUCCCUCCGUUCACUCCCCUAUCUCUCCGUCUCCUUCAGUCUCUCCCCUUCCCAUUCCCCUUUCCCUUCCUGUCCUUUCUCCUCUCCUCACACCUCUGAUCAUCUCUCCCAUACCUCACUCCGUAAUAUUUCUGUCCUAUAAGGGCUCAUGGCUGAUUCGGACAGCAAGUCCAUACACUGGACUGAUGACACAAUUCCUUUGGGUCACCGUUUCACCCGCGCAGCCCAGAAAGCAAAGCUGAGCAUGAGGUCCCAGACUGGAGCCAGCUCCAGCACGCCUCACUGAGCCAGCCUGCACCGCUGCCCUGGCAGCGACGAUGCAUGAGCUCUGGGCCCUGCCGGCACCUGGGUGCCUCUCUGCCUGAAGGCUGGUCCAAAGUGAGCCCACUCCCAGCAUCAUCCCGUGGCUCUGAGGACACUUCCUCUCUAUAAAGGCAGACUCUGGCCCCAAAAUCAUUCUGACAGCAAACCUCUUUCUUCUCAUUGAAGCCAUGCCAUCACCUUGGUUUGGAGAGAGACAUUUUUUUCCCCACUCAUAAGCUUUUUUUCCCCCCAUUUUCAUGUGAAGCCCCCUCUGCUUUUCAGCUGGUGAUUGCUCUGGUGAGAUUGAAUGGACUUGCUGGUGAACUAACAUCUCUUUUUUUCCUGUCUUGGUCCUGCCUAAAUUCCUACAAAAGUAUUUAAGUCAAGGACUCAGGCUAGCUCCUAAGUUUAUCAUACAUAGUAAUUUGUCACUCCUAGGGGGCAAAGGGGACAUUUCUCUUAAAGCAUGUGGAGUGACAUGCUGACAACUGAUUUGCCAGAGAUCUCCCUCCAGAAUUCUGUGGAUAUGCAUUUUACUUAUGUGUAUGUAUGGUCUAUGUGGUAUGUACAUCAUUUACACACAUACCACAUCGGGUAUGAAUGAAUGUGGAUGGAAACCCACACACACACUCCAGUCUGUAAAUAUCCUUCCUCACUGAAAACUGUGCUUUGGAAAUCAUUUCUUGUACAGCUGUGCAGUUUCUUGUAGCAGCUGAGGACGAGCUGAGACAGGUGGAUGAUUUAGACAAAGAUCACCUAGGAGACAGAACACAGAAUCUCCCUAGCAACUCAUGAGGACAGACAACCAAAUGGCAAAGUUGACUCCCAAUGGGAUGGCAAACUUUUCUUCUCUCCUUUUUGAAUUUGUGUUUCCUAAGUGUGUCUUAACUUCUGAGUGCACCAGGCUGUACCCGUUAGAUCCUUUCAAAAUGACAGUUUUGUGCUUCUCCCUGACAGGAUGUUUCUCCAUCGAGCUGUAGUGCAGGAUGGGAGGGAGGGGGGAAAUACUCCUUGCCUGAGCUGGAGUUUACAGAGACACUGCACAGCUUACACUCCUGUUAAGUGUAAAUAUUCGACACUUCCAUUCCAUUUGUGUAAAAAAUAAAGCACACACAAUUAUAAAAUCGAGAUGUAUAUUUCAUA